UUUUAUUGGGAUUCUUAGACUUAAAACCCUAAUUCCAGAAAUUUCCUUGAGAUUAGUCACAGCUUCAUCGAUUCGCCUACAUCCAGCAUGCCUCGCCGUAGCUCUGGAAGGUCUGCUUCUCGCCCUGCCCCUCGCCCAGUUCCUGCUCGCAGCCCACCACCUCAACCGGCUCAUCAUGCUCCUCCCCCUGCUCCUGCUAAGAGUGGAGGUGGAUCCAUGCUCGGAGGAAUAGGCUCAACCAUAGCUCAGGGUAUGGCUUUUGGAACUGGAAGUGCUGUGGCUCACAGGGCUGUGGAUGCCGUGAUGGGUCCUCGUACUAUUCAACAUGAAACCGUUGCUUCUGAGGCUACAGCUGCCCCUGCAUCAGCAGCCGCCACCAAUAGUUUUUCUGCCUCUGAUGCAUGCAGCAUCCACACCAAGGCAUUCCAAGACUGCCUGAACAGCUAUGGAAACGAAAUCAGCAAGUGUCAGUUCUACAUGGACAUGUUGGCCGAGUGCCGGAAGAACUGGUGUGGGUCAAAUCAAAUGCAAAUUGAAAAUUGA